AUGACCCGGAGGAGGGGGCGGGAGGAGGAACCCGAGCUUGACGCUUCGUACACGAACGCCGCCGGCCCCUCGCGGAAGAGGCGCCGCGGCAGGCGACAGCUGCUGGUGGAAGAGGGAGCGGCUGAUGCCCUUGCCUCCACAGAUAAGGUGAAGGUUGGAUAUGCGGACCAAGGCGCGACAGACGGUAGUGGUUCGACUGUGGUGGUGGUGAAUGGCCUGCCCUCUGACUGUACAGUCCUCGAGCUCAAGUCUCGGAUGCAGAUGUACGGUUCCAUCGCCCGCAUCCGAAUUGACGACGGCGAGGGGCUUGGCUACGUCAAGUAUCGAAACCCAGACCAGUCCCGAGCAGCAAUUGCGGCCGCUGCGAAUCCUGUUCUCGGCAUCACGAUCGGUACUGGAAAGGUACAUAUUUCUCCGCUCUCCAGGACUUCAUACUCUCGUGAUUCUGCUCUUGCGUUUGUUUUCCGUUCCCAAUUUCCUUGCCAUGAUCUGUAGCCUUUCUUUUUUCCCCUCCUUCUAGCUUUAAUUGGUAUUUCUCGGGGACAUGUGUGAUCGGAACCGAGAAAUGUCUUGCUUCAACCUUUGUAAGAACUGGGGAGAUGGACAGAAAGAAUGCAAAAUUUUAAUCAUUCACUUGCCGGUGGGCAUCUUACAAUCCGAAUCUUCCUUCCUCAUGGAUGAGUAUUCAAACAUUUCUGGAGGCUGAAGGUACCAGCAAGCUGAGUGACAACCAAUUUGGAGAUGUCCAUUGUAUUCAUGCUUGAUUGAAAAGAUGGUUGGUGUUUUCGUUUUCCUCUCUGUCAUACAUAUCAUUGUUGAAAUCUUUGAAGUUUUCUCUCAGCUGUCGAUUAAAGUGUCAGUCUUACAAUGAGUAAGAUUUCAGUCUUGUUUCAUCCCUUGGAACCUUUUCAUGGUAAAUCCACUGGGCUCAACUUGAUUAUGAUAAAAUAAUAUGAAGCAAUUGGUGAUAUAUAGGUUGAAUUGGACACAAUUUUACUUUUAAAAGUGAUAUGAUGGUGUAUGAGAGACUGAAAUCAAAUGGUUACUUAAAGAUAUGUACAUUUUUAUUUCGUUUUAAUCAGUAGCUGUUUGGUGGUUAACUCCGCAAUUUAAUAUGCUAUUGUAUACGGAUUUGCACUUUGGUUGCGGUUGUCUUACAAGGCAAUACGUUCAUGUAGGGCAUUAAUGAACUUUUGGAUACUAAAAUGCUCGCACCUGAACUAUUUGCCUCAAAACAACUGAUUGUACUGCACAUGCAUACGGAUAUUUUGAAGGCUGCACUGUGCUGGUACCAAACUAUUCUUAUACAGUAGGCAGUUCGCUGUAUCUCACCUUUAAGACCUUGACAGCUUUUCUAUUUAUUUAUAAUCUUGAUGGGAUCUUCUGUGAAUCAGUGAUGCAUCUACUAGUUUUGGCCUAAAGUUUCGUUUUUAGAAGUGUACUUUUGGCUUCCUUCUUUUUGAGAAUCAUCUACAAAGACUCGUUACUUUUUAGGUUGUGACGCAUUGAGGACCAUGUCUAACUUCUUGCAAAGUCUUGUGUAUGUAUAGAAAGCGGUAGUUAAAUGAUACGCAAAUCUGAGUGGAAGAUUCGUAGCCUUCCUUCUUUUUGAGAAUCAUCUACAAAGACUCUUUACGUUUUAGGUUGUGACUCAGUGAGGACCAUGUCUAACUUCUUGCAAAGUUUGGUGUAUGUCUAGUAAGCGGGAGUUAAAUGAUAUGCAAAUCUGACUGGAAGAUUUGUAGCCUUCAACAAGUGUAAAUAUGCUGCAUUCAUAGUUGGGCUUGUCUGCAGAGAACUAAGGGUGAAAAUCUUUAUGGAUACCAAGAUUAUCCACUCGCUGAGUGUGCUCUAUUUCAUUUCAUUGUCGCUCAUUUAAUGUCUAACAUGAUGUUACAUGCUAAUAGAUAUUUGGCUAGUAAGAUGGUGCAAUCGUGCCUUAACGUUUCAAUUUCCAUUAAUGUGGAUGUAAUAAUCAAUUAUUUUUUUCCUUCAUUUUUAUGAUGGUGAAAUAAGUGGAGAUGGUUCGUUACAUUGGUAAUAUAAUUUAAAUUAUGGUGCAUCUGCCAUUUUUUAUGGAUCAGGUUACAUAGUUUGAGAUAAUUAUUCAAUCUACUUGAUUCUAUUUGGGCUUGUUAAACUUUUUCUAGGGAUAUGUCCGGCGUGCUCUUAGAUAAUUCCUAAUCUCCUGCCUAUUUUCCUAUUUUUUACCACAAGGAUGGAGUUCACUGCCAUAUCUAUUAAUCGUUCACUGCACUUCUGUGGUUUUCUAUUGACACUUUUUGUGAUUUGAUCAAAUACUAAUUAUAGCCAACACAUAGCAAUGCAGUCCGUCAAGAGCAGCUCCUAAUCUUAUUCAACUUUCUUUGGCCCUAGUCCUUGAUGCUUCCUUAUAGACCUUAUGAGUUGAAUGUUAUGGUCUCUCAACAGGGCUCUAUGUCAUUCCCCUUUGAUGAAAACGUCAGAAUACUGGUAUCACUCCAAUUGAUAAUCAAGUGUUGAUCAACCAGUAGAAAUCAUGGAGUUUGAGAGCCAAUGUUAACUCUCUUCUUGUGUCCUUCCGUGGUUAAUCAUUUAUUGAUUCUUGCAAUAUCACCUGCUUGAGUCAGACAAUAUGUGAUCCUGUGGCAUUAGUUGACAUUGUUGUUGCUUUUCAUCAGUGUGGUUUCAACAUUAAUUGUCAUAAAAGGGCACGCAUGUUCAAUGGACCUCUACAUUUUGUGACUGAAAAAAGCCAGAAGAAGGAAUGUUUCCUGGUUGAAACAGUGUCUCAAGAUUGCAUAAUUUGGAUUUGAAAACGUUCUCACCUGCUGUGGACUAGUUUUUUUCUUUUUGCUUCCUUCAACACCUUGAAUUAUUUUUAUUCCAUAUAUCUCCCGUAAGAAACUUUACCACUAUAAAUAAGCCCUCUAGGUAGAGCGCUGUAAAUACAGAAUAUUCGUUUUAUACCCAUUCACUCGUGUUAAUUUUUCUAAAGUGACAGCACUACAUAUUUUAUAUGAGAAAUUUGAAACGAACUUGGUUAGUGUUGGGGAGAGGCAUUAUUAAGAAGUUACUUAGUAAAUAGGGGGAGGGAGGAAAGGCGUCAAUGGGAGAUGGUGGGGGAUGACUGUGAAUUUGAGUGACAUAUAUUAAUGUGGAGGGGUUAUCAACGGUGGUUUAUUAGUUUUAUGCUAUAUUUUGUUCACACUGAUGUAUGUGAUUUCAUGAUGAUAUAACCUUAUAUGGAUGUGGGGGAGAGGGAGGAGAUGUCAAUGGAUAAGCUUACAGAAUAUGUUAAAUUGUUUUCAUACAAAGGAUAGAAGUGUUAUUUUGGGACAUUUUUUGAUGAUUUUUAUGCAUUUUAUUCGUACCAACUGCCAUAUUUGGAUUUAUUUUGUGACAUUUGUAUUGGGUCUUUCCAUAUUUGGAGUAGAAAAGAAGAUUUGAUUUUCGUGUGGUGAGGAAAUGAUAGAUACGUGGUUUAGAUACGUAUUAGACAGUUUCAUUUUCAAUUAUUUUUCCAAAUCAGGAACAGGAUGGACUCUAUUUAUCACUUCAUUAUCUGUUCUGCUUUACAGCCAGUCCUGAUCAAAGAUUUUAGUUUUUUGAUCUUGUUAAGAAAGUUAAGUGCUUGUCCUUUUACUGCAUUCAGGAAAACGACGGAAGGAGACCCUUGGGUUUCACCAUUUUUAUGGAGCCAGUAAAGACAAAACAUAAAGCCUUAAAUAAGUACCUAUGUCCUCUUUAUGGUUUCGCCUUAAAAAAUGAUAUUUGUCGAGGGCUUCAUUCUUGCAUUUUCCCAUCUCUGGAUAUAUUUUUCUUCAAAUUGCUGUUAUUCGUGUUAUAAAUGAGGAAAAUCGUAAAAUGAAUUCCUAAUAAAAUAAUAGUACAUUGAAAUUAGUCCCUAACAAAUAGGAUGAUCACAGUUUCCUAAAGUCUUUGCCCUUAAACAUUUAUUAAAAAUGGUAGCCAAACACUUUUUAGACAACAUUAUGUUAAGACAGACAGUGGUGAGUAUUCUUCCAAGUUUAACUUUUGUCAGCUCAUCUUCAUGACAAGGAUCCCAUGGAGUGAGAAAUGGUCAACUUGUCUACUAUCUACCAUUUCUUUUCUUUUUUUUCCCGACUUUCUCAGAAAGGUUUUGAUUUUUGCUAGAAAGGGUUGAUUUUUGUUCAUAAUGUCCCAAACUUCACCUUGGAUGCUAACGUUAGAUCCCAAAUUGGUUUGUGAAAGGAAACCUGUGCAUAUCAGUUGCUCAAAAGAAGAGUUUUUUUAAUUAACAUAAAUAAGAUAUUUUCUAUCUUGAACUUCAAAUUUAUAAAAUAAAUUUGUGCUCGAUUAAAGAGGAACUGAAAAGCUUUUGUUUCAGUAAGAACGGUGAAGCUACACUGUAGGAAUGGUUGUUAAUGAGGCUGAGGCUUAUUUCAAUGUUGAAAUAAGGUGCAAACUGCUUCACCUGAUUUUGUCAGACAAAUGGGCUCUAUAGCAUGUCCCGGGGCAUUUAAUAGCUACCUCAUUCCUUCGUUUCUGUACUGUUUUUUUUCAAGGUCGUGAAGAAGCCAGUCCAGCAUGUGUUCCGUGUUUCAACUGUCAGUGUUUAUUUUCUCAAAAAUAUCUCUUCUUUACCAAUUUCAGGUGCAAGUGUAUGAAGCGAGUGAACCUGCACCUCAAUGGCAACCUAGCACUGGCUUGUCUGGCCCAUCUAAACUGCUGAGAGCAGAACAUCCACUGCGAAAAUAUGGCAGGGGCAAUAAGUUGCUCAGUGAGGGUAGGUUGACUUUUGACAGGGGAGGGUCAGACAUGCAGCAUGAUGGUAGGCAAAUCGUUGCCUACGAUGAUAUUCUUUAG